AUGUGUCGCCUGUCGAUGACCUCGCUCUUCAUCUGCCUGUGGCUGGUCAGGAAGAGCCACGGGGGCCUCGGGGACACCCUCGGGGAGCUGCACACCGAGUUCGCCGUCAGCCUCUACCAAACGCUCACAGAGACCGACAACAACUCCAACCUGAUCGUGUCUCCAGUGAGCAUCUCUGUGUCCUUGGGGCUGCUGCAGUUCGGGGCCAGGGGGAACACACUGUCCCAACUGGAGGGAGCACUGAGGUACAACUCCAAUGAGGUGCGCAUGCAGGACUUCCUGAUGCAGGUGCCAGGGGACACGGGUAACUCCAGUCAGGCCGUGCGGGUGCAGCUGGCUUGCGCCCUCUUUGUUGAGAGCGGGAUGCAGCUCUCUCCGGUGUUUACCCAGCAUGCAUCGGCGUGGGGCAACAGCAGCGUGCUCCACACCAACUUCAGCCAGCCCAAUCACACCCGCAGCCAGAUGGAGCAAUGGAUCCGCAGCCACGGCAACGGUGAGGCCCACGCCCUCCCACCUGGAGACCUCUCGGGUUUGGCAGAGCCACAGGGUGACCCCCCCAGGUGGGGUCAGUUGCAGAUGGCCCUGGUUACCACGGUAGCCUUCAGGGGCGCCUGGCAGAAGCAGUUCCUUUUCGCUGACACCCAGAACCUGCCCUUCACCCUCUCAGACGGCACCACCAUCAAAGUGCCAAUGAUGUACCAGGCCUCAGAAGUCAACUUUGGUCAGUUCCGCACCCCCACGGACCACAGGUACACGGUUGUGGAGCUGCCGUACCUGGGGGAGUCCCUCAGCCUGCUGGUGGCCCUACCCAGCGACCGGAAGGUCCCCCUGUCCCAGCUGGAGCUGCAGGUCAGCCCUCACGCUGUGGGACUCUGGGCCAGCGGGCUGCGGCGGACCAAGAUGGACGUUUUCCUGCCCAGGUUCAAGAUCCAGAACAGAUUCAACUUGAAGUCAGCUCUUCUUUCACUGGGCAUUUCUGACAUCUUUGAUCCUGCAGCUGCAGACUUCGGAGGAAUCUCAGCAGAGGAUGGUCUGUACGUGUCAGAAGCCAUCCAUGAAGCCAAAAUAGAGGUAACUGAAGAGGGAACCAAGGCAGCAGCAGCUACAGCGAUGGUGCUACUUAAACGAUCCCGUGCUCCUGUGUUCAAGGCAGACAGGCCAUUUCUCUUCCUCCUGAGAGAAGUCAGCACAGGAUCUGUACUAUUCAUGGGGCGUGUGAUGAACCCAGCGGAGCAGGCGCCCUGAGCCCUGCAGCUGCCCCCACCCCC